CAGAAUUGCUGGUCAGUGAGCUAGGCUCACCUGUGUUUAGGUGGCUUACGGUUACCAUGUACUGAUGCAGGGCAAGAAAAAAAGAAGUGAAACUUGUGACUUCUACAAUCUGAAUCCUUUCUUCAUUUGAGUAAGACAAAUAAGGACAGUAAAGAUGGCAUGGUAUCACACAAAUUGCCUGGAGCGACCACUCUCCGCUGGGUUUUGUAAGCUUGGUAAACUUGUUGGCAGAUUUCCUUGGUGGUUCCUAGUUAUACCUAUUAUUGUAUCUGCUGGUUUGGGAGCUGGAUUUAUUUUUUUAUCCCAAAAUCAAGCUAAUGACAUAGAAGAUCAGUUCACUCCAGUUGGAGGACCAGCUAAGGAUGAGAGGAAGUUUAUAAUGGAUCACUUCCCAGUAAAUGACUCAGGACAGUUUUCUGCACAGAGGCUGUUUACUGAAGGGGCAUUUGCUUCUCUCAUAGCAAUUAGUUCUUCUGAAAAUGUCCUUGAUAUGAGAACAUUCGAAGAGUUGAUAAAGCUGGAUGAAACAGUAAGGAGCUUGAGUAUUGCAGUACAAGAAUUUGGAAGUGAAGCACAUCUUGUAUAUCAGCAGCUGUGUGCUGAAAUUCAAUGUCCAACUUGCCUGUCUUCCAAUCCACUCUUAGCUGCAGUGAAAAAUAACACUGAGCCUAUAGAGAAAAUAAAUGUGACUUACCCCAUGUUCCAAAAUAGAAUAUUUCUUGGAAUGUACCUUGGAGGUGUGAAACUGGGCCCAGCAGAUACAGUGCAAGAAGCCAAAGCCCUCCGGCUAGUGUAUUACCUGAAAGAGGACAAAGAUCAGGAUCGAAAAAAUAGUAUUCUCUGGCUCAAUCACUUUAUUAAAACUAUUCCUCGUCAAAUAGAUGAAUUGCAACUGAAAACUAUACAGGUAUCAUAUUUUACAUCAAUAUCACGUCAGAUGGAAUUUGAAGGCAAUACAAAAACUGUGAUCCCAUUAUUUUCUAUUACAUACUUUGUCACAAUAUUCUUCUCUAUUAUUUCAUGCUUAAGACUGGAUUCUGUAAGAAAUAAAGUUUGGGUUGCAGCAUUUGGAGUGAUUUCAUCUGGAUUAGCCGUGCUGAGUAGUUUUGGUCUGUUGCUGUUUUGUGGAGUUCCCUUUGUCAUAACAGUAGCUAAUGCCCCAUUUCUUAUUCUAGGUGUUGGGGUGGAUGACAUGUUCAUUAUGCUUUCUAGCUGGCAACAAACUAAAGUAAAAAGUAAAGUUGAAGAACGAAUGGCAGAUACAUAUGCAGAAGCUGCUGUCUCCAUAACAAUCACAACUCUAACAGAUGCCUUAGCUUUCUACAUAGGGAUAAUGACUUCUUUUCAGUCAGUGAAAUCCUUUUGUAUCUAUACUGGAACUGCCAUAUUAUUUUGUUUCCUCUACAACAUCACCUGUUUUGGGGCUUUCUUGGCACUAAAUGGUAGACGUGAGGAGAGUAAUAGACAUUGGAUGAUUUGUACAAAAAUGAAAGAUCAGACUGAUAGUGAGCGUUCUUCUGUAUACAACGCAUGCUGUGUUGGGGGAUCCUAUGACCAUGUUACUGGUAAAGAGAUUGACCAUCCAAUGACUCUCUUCUUCCGUAAGUAUUAUGGGCCUUUCCUUACAAACAUCUGGACCAAGAUAAUUGUGAUUAUCUUAUAUUGUGGAUAUCUGGCCAGCAGCAUUUACGGAUGCUUUUAUGUCCAAGAAGGGAUUGAGCUGCGUAAUUUGGCUCCUGACAAUUCAUAUGUGGCUCCAUUUUAUGAUAAAGAAGAAUUAUACUUUUCAAACUAUGGUCCCAGAGUUAUGGUUGUUAUUACUGAACAAACAGAAUACUGGAAUUUAAAAAUACAGGAUAAAAUUGAAAACUGUAUUGAAACCUUGGAAAACAAUUUAUAUAUUGACAAAACACUAUCUGAGUCAUGGUUGAGAAUAUAUGUAGCUGCUGCUAAGAAGAAUAAUUCAGAUAUAAGUACCCAGGAUUUAUUUGUUACACAUUUAUAUAACUUUUUUGCUAAUGCACCUAUUUAUAAACAAGAUGUUGACAUUAAAUCAAAGGAGAUCAUAGCAUCUCGCUUUUUCAUUCAGACUGUAAAUGUAACUACAGCAGUUGAUGAGAAAGAAUUGUUAAAUCAGCUUCGAGACAUAGCAAGUAGAUGUGAUAUUCCACUACUAGUGUAUCACCCAGCGUUUAUUUACUUUGAUCAAUAUGCUGUGAUAAUCCAGACUACUAUUUCAAACGUCCUUAUAGCUGCAGCUGCAAUGUUUCUUAUCUCACUACUGUUAAUUCCUAACCCUCUCUGUACAUUAUGGGUGACAUUUUCUAUUGCUUCUAUUAUAGUUGGUGUUACAGGAUUCAUGACUUACUGGGAUGUUAACUUAGAUUCCAUAUCAAUGAUCAACCUUGUUAUUUGCAUUGGGUUCUCAGUUGACUUUUCAGCUCAUAUUUCAUAUGCGUUUGUUUCUAAUGUGAAAUCCAAUGUGAACGAGAGGAUGAUUGAUGCUUUACAUUCUCUUGGGUAUCCAAUUCUACAGGGGGCUUUAUCAACAGUUUUGGGUGUCAUAGCACUUUCUGCAGCAGGAAGUUACAUUUUUAGAACAUUUUUUAAGAUCAUGUUCCUUGUUAUUUCAUUUGGAGCACUCCAUGGUCUAGUUUUUCUUCCAGUGUUUUUAACUAUUUUGGGCAGUUGUGUAACAAAAUCUUCUAAUAAUGCAAAAGUAGAAGAUAAAAAUGACAAGCAUGAUGUGAAAAAUGCAAAUUGCUUUGAGUGUUCAGAAAAAAAAUUUGAUGCAAAGAGAUUUGAACAGCCUAUAAACUCAAGCAACAUCCAUUUACAUAAUUAUUUUUUUGAUAAUCCAGAUUGUCCAUAG